CUGAGAUCUGCUCCUCGAUUUGUAGCUUUGACUGAAUAGCCAAGUCCUUUUUUGUUUGGUUACACACUGCACAGAGAUUUCUGUCAGACACGUAUGUCCGAUCUGAUAGUGUCUCGUACAUGUGUGUGGAGACAAUUGGCUUGCUUGCAGAAAUGCUGACGCCACGUUCCUUUAGCUCCCAUUAAACCCCUGAUACCGGACCACCGACUUUAUAACCCCUCGAUCUAACUCCCUCAUCCACUCUCCAACUCUGACGUCGAGCUCCUGAUUUUCACCAUGUCCCCUCUUCCCCCGGCGGUAACGGCCUUGUCCGCUCCGGGCAAGGUCCUCCUCACUGGGGGUUAUCUGGUCCUGGACCGCAGCUACACUGGGACAGUGUUCGCUCUCGACGCCAGAAUUCAUGUCAUCGUCCAGCAAUUGAGAAGGAACCAUCGGCGGGAGGCAGCCUCAGGAGCCGCGCAGGGCCAGUCGGGCGCGCCUCAGGCAGAAGGCAGUGUUCAUGGAGACAAAGAAGACGAAGACACGAUCGUCGUAAUAUCCCCGCAGUUCGUGGAUGCGGUAUGGGAGUAUAGCAUACAAAGAUGCGAGAACGGUGGAGGAGUCCUAGUGAAACAAAGAAAUGAUGGGCCACGCAACCCAUUUGUCGAGACCUCUUUGAACUUCGCCUUGACUUACAUCAGCUACGUGGCGGACUCUAAGGAUUUCGGGUCACUAUCGAUUACUAUCCUCGCCGACAACGAUUACUACUCGGAGACCGCCUUCUCCAAAGCUUCGGGGCUCCAGUCGUCAAGCAGAUUCGUGAACUUUGGUGUUCGUCUUCAGGAGGCACACAAGACGGGUUUGGGCUCUUCAGCGGCCUUGGUCACUGCCUUGGUAUCUUCUCUCGUCAUCCACCGUACUAUGCAGCCCGACGACCUCGGCCCAGGCCGCGACAAGCUUCAUAAUCUGGCUCAGGCGGCCCACUGUGCUGCGCAGGGUAAAGUCGGGUCCGGCUUCGAUGUUGCAGCUGCCAUUUACGGGUCCUGUCUCUACAGACGCUUCUCCCCCUCGAUCCUCGAAUCAGUCGGCGAUGCUGGUUUUCCUGGCUUUGAAGAGCGGUUGUUUCGGAUCGUGGAAGACGCCGAUCCCGGGCAUCCUUGGGACACCGAAUGUCUGGAUUUCGGCAUGAAGCUGCCCCGGGGAAUGCAGAUGGUCUUGUGUGACGUCGAAUGCGGUUCGCAGACUCCUUCCAUGGUGAAGAAGGUUUUGGAGUGGCGGAAGCAGAAUCAGAAGGAGGCCGAUAUGCUCUGGGGUGCCCUGCAAUCGAACAACGAAAGACUUCGCCUGGAACUCAGACGCUUGGCACAGAGCCCGGACGAGCAUACCCUCAGUGACUUUGAAAAUGUCCGCACCUACAUUCAGCGCUCGCGUAACCAUAUCCGUACCAUGACUCGGAAGUCUGAUGUCCCAAUCGAGCCACGCGUCCAAACAGAACUACUUGACGCCUUGUCCGAGCUGGAAGGUGUCAUUGGUGGUGUGGUUCCAGGAGCAGGUGGCUACGACGCUAUUGCGCUCCUCAUCCAAGACAGUCCGGAAGUGAUCAACAGAUUGAAUACCUUCUUUGAGACAUGGGAGAGCAAAGUGGAGGAUGAUUUUGGUGGCAAGAUUGGGACAGUCAGGCUUCUGGGCGUCCGCCAUGGAUCAGAGGGUGUCAAGAACGAGAUGCUCGACCAAUAUGCUGGCUGGGUGUAAGCUUUCCGCACCCCAAGUGACUACAGGAUCUGCUUUAUACGUCCGAUCCCGUUAGAUUACUUCUCACCUUUAAAGCUCGUGAUGGAUGACGAUUGCAUGACAAUAGCAUAGCAUGAGCGUGACCGCGAUGGUAUUACUCAAGCGUCAGGCAAAGAUUCAAUUCAAUGUCUCAUAUUAUUGCAUAAGCCCCUUAAUAAAAGGACCCAACUGACAGACCGUGCCAGCGAGCAGACUAGCACAGUUAACAGUCGAAUCCCUCCAAUAUAGUCUACGUUCGCUUAU